CAGUUUUACUAAAAAUAUUCAAAUUUUUAGAUUUAAACAAUGAAGAAAAUUUGAAGAAACAAGACUUUUUGAAAGCAAGAGCAAAAGCUGAUGUCACAAUUCCAGAUUAAGAAGUAUAAAGAUAUAGUAGUAUUUGUUUGGAGAAAGCUUUGGAUAAAUUACUCUGUAGAUGAAUAACUAUCAUAUAAAGAUUUUAUCAAUAGAGUGGUUGGUAAGCAAUAGAUGUAAGACUAGCCGGAAUCAAGAAUUGUAUAAACAGGAGGUUCAUUAGAAGAGUUAAGAUGAAAAUUAAAUUGAAAGGGGCAUUAGGCAUUUUGAACUUAGUGAUUAGUUUGCCAAAUUAGUUUACAUCUUGAGAAUUGCAAGAUUAUUAGAAAAAAAUAAUAGAGAUGUAGAUGGAUGUAUUGAGUAUUUAAUGGAGAGUAUAUAAGAGCUUCAAACUUGAUUAAUAACAUAAAGGGUCCAUAUUUGAAUCACUCAAAGUAUGGAGUAGUUUCUAAUCUAUUUUACAAUUAUGAAUAGAGAGAAAUAUGUCCGCAAUAAUUGAUCAAUAGAUUUAAUGCUGAUCGACAUCCUGAAAAUAAAAUAUUAAAUAGAUCUCCUAAUGAUGUAAGAGAAGAAUUUUUAUCUGGAUUGAGUGUAUAUCUUCAACUUAGGUGCUAACCAUUCCAGACUUUUUGAUUUCUAUUGAUAUUUCGGAUUUUAUGUGACCAAUGACGAAAUCUUUAAGACUAUCUUAACCUGGGUUUAAGAUCUAAAAUAAUUUUAAUAAUAAGGUCCCUAAUACGGUACUCCUCCAAAAAGUGUUACACAUAGUAAUUUAAUGAUUCUCCAGAAUAAUAGAUAUUAAUUGCUAAUCCUCAAAAUUGUGUAAUAGUUGAAUUUUUGUCCUUCUUAAGUUAAAUCUGUAAAAUCUUAUCAAUAAAAGUAUUAACAAUAAAAGGAAGGCUAAUCUCAUUAAUCUAACGCAUCAUAGAUGUAAUCAACAUCUAGAUAAGUUGAAUUAAUAGUUUAAAGAAUAAGGAAUAGAUUAAUAUCAAGGGGAGCAAGAGGGGUCAUAUAAUUUUAUAGCGUGAGUAAGAUCUUAGAUGCUGAUCAUAAUGGGAUGUUAAAUUUAACAGAAUUUAGAAAGGCUAUUAGAGAUCACAAAAUCAAGGUUACAGACCAAGAAAUUGAUCUGGCUUUCUAAUACUUUGAUAGAGAGUAAACUGGUUUAUUGGGUUAUGGGGUUUCAUUUUUGUAUGAAGUGAUGAAAUGCCAUAUUAGAGAUCUCAAUUAGUAGAAUAACUAUUUGAAAAAUAUCGAACAAACGAUUAUUACGUUAUCAACUUUAAGAAAUAAAUUUAUAUUUAGAAAAAAAAGCGAUGAUGAAAUCAUUUAAGGCUUUUUGAACCAUUAUAAUUGUUACAUAAUAUUAAUGGAGAAUUCGGGCAUGAAAAUACAUUAAAUGAAGAACUAUUAGACUUCUUUAGUAAUUUUAGCGCUCAAAACCUGAUGCUAAAUAUUUUAAGUAGAUAAUUGUGAGUGCCCUUAGAUUGCUAUAAAAUGGAAGCAAGCAUCAUAAUGCUGGUAAUAAAUAAUUUUUUGAACCAGAUCAUAAAAGAAGUUAUUUACAAGAUCAUCAUAGAUAUGUUUUAUAAGGAGGAAGUGUUUCUGCAAACGCAUCAUUUGGAACAUUUACCAAACAAGAAUAAUUAGCUUACCUAAGACCUUUGAUUGAUUAAUAAUUAACCAACUUCAUUUAAUAUUUUAAACCAUUGGAGGAUGUCAAGGUUAAUCAAAAUGGGUCUCAACUUUAAUAAAUUCCACCUUCCUAAUCUUAGAUUUCAUAAUAAUCUCAAAUAAUAUGAA